AUGUCUUCUAUGAUCACCACGACGGCCUGGGUGCCGCGGGGAUUUGCCGCCCCCUUUCCCAAAAAGUAUGACUUUGACGAGGAGGAGUUCGAGCGGAUAGCGACUCUGGCGAAGCUUCAGCUUGACGAUGCAAAGGAGGACCUUGAGGAUGCUCAGGGUAAGGAGAACGGCGACAACGACGACGAUGAGCAGAAGUCUGGGGACAACGAAGACCAGUCCAAACUCAAGUCAAAAAAGAGCGCAAAAGAGUCGAGUGAAGCCAAAGAAUCCAAGGUCGAAAUCGACAUAAACGAUGACGACCUCAAGGAGUACGAUUUGGAACACUACGACGACGACGACGAUCCCAACACAGCAGAGGGUCAGGGCAUGGGCAUCUUUGGAAACAUCAAGUCACUGGCGUACUACGAAAACAACGAGGACGACCCUUACAUCACUCUAAAGGACGGCGAAAAGGCCGACGAGGAUGAGGAAGACAGGGAAGAUCUUCAAAUUCUGGCUACCGAUAACCUACUGCUUGCGGCAAAGGUUGAGGACGAGCUCGCGCACCUCGAGGUCUACGUUUACGAAGACGCUGCCGACAACCUGUACGUCCACCACGACAUCAUGCUGCCGGCGAUACCGCUCUGUGUCGAGUGGCUAGACAUCCCGGUCGAGAAGCAGGAUGUUGAGAAGGACUCGGCGGCCAACUUUGUGGCCAUCGGCACCAUGGACCCGGACAUUGAGAUCUGGGACCUGGACACCAUCGACCGCAUGUACCCCAACGCGAUCCUGGGCCAGGGCGGGGACAGCGAGGAGGCCAAACGGAAAAAGAAGAAGAAGAAGAGGUCCAAGAAGGCCAACGACGAGUACCACGUGGACGCGGUGCUGGCCCUGGCCGCCAACCGCAAGCACCGGAACCUGCUCGCGUCGGCGUCGGCGGACAAGACGGUCAAGCUGUGGAACCUGCACACGACCAAGUGCGCGCAGUCGUACAGCUACCACACGGACAAGGUCUGCUCACUGGCCUGGCACCCCACCGAGGCGACGGUUCUGCUGAGCGGCAGCUACGACCGCACUGUCGUGGCCGGCGACAUGCGCGCACCGAACGCCAAGGCGCCGCGGUGGGGCGUUGAGAGCGACGUCGAGACGGUCAAGUGGGACCCCCACGACGCCAACUACUUCUUCGUGUCGACCGAGAACGGCGUGGUGCACUACCACGACGCGCGGAACGCGCCGGCGGACCCGACGGCCACCAAGGCCGUGUGGACGCUGCAGGCGCACGACGAGUCCAUCUCGUCCUUGGACAUCAACCCCGUCAUCCCCGGCUUCAUGGCCACGGGCUCGACGGACAAGACGGUCAAGCUGUGGAACAUCCAGGAGUCCGGCCCGUCCAUGGUGGUGUCGCGCAACCUGGACGUCGGCAAGGUGUUCUCGACCUCGUUCGCCCCGGACCCCGAGGUCGCCUUCCGGCUCGCGGUGGCAGGCAGCAAAGGCACGGCGACGGUGUGGGACACGAGCACCAACGCGGCCAUCCGCCGCGCGUUCGCGACCAGGCUCCCCGCGGGCGCCGCCGCGGGCGACGAGGUUGAGGAGAGGGUGGUCGGCGUCAACAACGCCGACAGCGACGGGGAGGAGAGCAGCGACGGGGAGGAGGGCGACGAGGACGACGAUGACGACGAGAGCGGCGACGAUGGCAACGAUAGCGACGAGUCCAUGAACGACGCAUGA